AUGGGGCUACAGCAAUCCAAAGACGAACUGCUCUAUCAGCAAGUUAGCUAUGGAAACAUCGAAGGGAUCAAAUCCCUUUGCAGAGAAGGCGCAGGCCUUGAGUGGAUUGAUAGAGAGGGGAAAACCCCAUUGAUCUUGGCAUGUAUGAAUCCCGGGCUUUAUAAUGUUGCGAAAAGCUUGAUUGAACUUGGCGCAAACGUCAACGCCUAUCGCCCCGGUCGCAAUGCUGGGACUCCUCUGCAUCAUGCAGCUAAAAAGGGGCUAGAAGAUAUUGUUAAUUUACUUCUUUCACAUGGAGCAAAUGUGUUAAUCAUGAAUGAUGACUGUCAAACUCCUCUUGACGUUGCUAGGGCAAAAGGGCACACCAAUGUUGUCCGUGCGAUUGAGAGGCAUAUUUGCUUAUUCUCUGGUUGGUUGCGGGAGUUUUAUGGUCCUGGAUUUCUUGAAGUACUUGCUCCUCAGUUGGUUUCAAGAAAAGUCUGGGUUGUUGUUUUGCCAAGUGGUUCCCGCAAACCUACCAAGCCUUUCAAGUUGGAACUUGCCAUAUAUUCUAGUAUGCAGGAUGCCCGACCACGGACAGUUGUUGCGUUGUGGAAAGUCAAUUUGGAAGAACCGAAGUUACACCAUUCUGAUCCUUCUGUUGUAAUUCAUGAUAGCUCCACAAUCCCAAGAGGCAGGAGGCGGAGAAGAAGCAUUUACAUCUCCCAAGAGGCUAGGUGUAGGCAUCAAAAAGUUAGGCAAACACGCAUCAAACUUGCAUCUGCAGAUGAAAAUGAUAAGCAACAACUUCAGUGGUUUUGCAAUGCAUGCAAAGGAAUUCCACAGGCGCGUCCUGCAUUUUUGGCUAACAACCAGCCCCCAGUUCCAGCAACUGCACCACCACCUGCAGAAGAUUUUGAGUUGGCCAUGGCUAUCAAUGCCUCCAUUCAGUCUGCUUUGCAGGAGGGACCGUCCUUUCCUGAUGCACACCUGACCAAUGAAGCAAGUGCAUCCAGCAGUGAUAAUGGUUGGGGCAAAUCCUCCAUGAAUACUGGCAGCUAUAGUGGUUGGGAGGCACCAAUUACAGCUGCUGCUCCAAAUGCAAGUAGUAGCAGUGAGCGGCCAGGGAAUGAAAGUAGCCAGAAAACGGAAAUCCAGGAUAUCUCUUCCAUCCAAACUGCUCCUACUUCAGAUAUAAUCCCAUCAGCUCCACCAGUUGCAGAUGAGGAGCCUAUUCACUAUCCGUCAAUUGAUUUCAGUCCUAUUGAUAUGCCAUCCCCAAGUGUUGAAGGUAUACCUGCUAAACUUAAUGAAAAGAAGGGUGGAAGUGAUUCUUCUUCAUGUGUGAUUUGUUUGGAUGCUCCGGUUGAAGGAGCUUGCAUCCCAUGUGGGCAUAUGGCUGGAUGCAUGUCUUGUUUGGGUGAGAUUAAAGCUAAGAAAUGGGGUUGCCCUGUCUGUCGGGGCAAGAUUGACCAGAUUGUAAGGCUUUAUGCUGUAUGA